GAACAACAUGCAGCAUCUCCAGAUGUCUUCUUUUGCACUUUGACCUCUUGAAUGAUAGUGCAAUCCACAACUCAUCAACAGAAGUAAUGAAACUAUUCCAGGAUGGUGGUCAACUUGGUCCAGUGGUUAGACUGCAGGACUUGCAAUCACAAGCUCGGAACAACAUGCAGCAUCUCCAGAUGUCUUCUUUUGCACUUUGACCUCUUGAAUGAUAGUGCAAUCCACAACUCAUCAACAGAAGUAAUGAAACUAUUCCAGGAUGGUGGUCAACUUGGUCCAGUGGUUAGACUGCAGGACUUGCAAUUACAAGACCUGAAGUCCCAUCCACUAUUCCAUGCAAUCGACUGGAAGCGAAUCAGGGAGACAGAAGCCCCUUUCAUCCCAGCCCCAGAUGACAGAACGGACACCACUUAUUUUGACGCUCGGAACAACAUGCAGCAUCUCCAGAUGUCUUUUUUUGCACUUUGACCUCAUGAAUGAUAGUGCAAUCCACAACUCAUCAACAGAAGUAAUGAAACUAUUCCAGGAUGGUGGUCAACUUGGUCCAGUGGUUAGACUGCAGGAUUUGCAAUCACAAGGUUGUAGGUUUAAAUCCUACUAAG